AUGAAGCCAACACCCUUCAUCCUCGCGGCAACAGCCGCACACGCCCAAAUCAAAACCGCCAGUAUCAUGGAAGAACUGAUGGCCCUUAAAGAAGCCGAAUGGGAUACCUUUGCACAGCAAGGACUCUUCGGCGGCUCAGCCCUCUACCCCAAGAUCUCUAACCGUAUCCCCUGCAUCAACGGUAAAGCCGUCCUCUCAACGAAAGGCAACAACACCUACUCCUGCCGCAACGUUGACCUCCACGCUUUCCUCUCCCAUGAAGACCUCGGUUCGCAAGCCAAGGCGGGUAACGACGUCUGGGGCUGGACGUCGCCAGCCGGACGGGAGUUUGGCAUCGUCGGACAGCGUGACGGGGUCGCCUUCGUUGAGGUCGACACUAAGACCGGCGCCUUGACAUACCUCGGCCGGCUGGACACCCACACAGAUGCGACAAACUGGCGGGACAUCAAGGUUAUUGGCCAUCACGCGUACAUCGGCGCCGAGUCGCACGAUCACGGCCUGCAGAUCUUCGACCUGCGCAAGCUGGAAGCCAUCCGUCCGCAGGCCAAAUCCUUCUGGUGGGACUUCCUUGGCCUGUUCACCCCCAAACCUCAGUUCACCCCCAAGGUGUUCAACAAAACAACCGAUAUCACCGCUCACUUCGCCGGCUUCGGCGCCUCGCACAACAUCGUGGCUCACCCCGAACGCAACAUGAUCUACGCGGUCGGCGGCCGUUCCGGAGCCAACGCCCGGGACACGCCCUGCAAGGGCGGCAUGUUCAUGGUCGAUGUGUCAGACCCUACAAACCCGACCUCACCAGGCUGUGUCCCACAGGAUGGGUAUGUCCAUGACGCACAAUGUGUGGUGUACCGCGGGCCGGAUGUCCGGUACCAAGGCCGCGAGAUCUGCUUCAAUUUCAACGAGGACUCAUUGACGAUCAUGGACCUGACGGAUAAGAGCAACCCGGUAGUGGUCAGUCGCACGGGGUACAACGGUGUGGCGUAUAGUCAUCAGGGGUGGCUGGUGGAUGAGGGGAUGGAGUGGUUGUUGCUGGACGAUGAGCUCGAUGAGAGGAGUGGGACGGUCCCCUUUGGCGAUGGUAGGACGACGACGUAUAUUUGGAAUGUGACCAAUCUAGAGAAUCCGAUAAACACCGGCUUCUACAAAAGCCCGGCAAGGUCGAUUGAUCACAACCAAUAUGUGCACAAGGGGUUGACGUAUCAAGCGAAUUAUGCGUCGGGGCUAAGGAUUGUGGACGUAUCGGGGGUUGAGAUUGACCCGACGGGAGGUAACUUUGAGGAGGUCGGCUUCUUCGAUUGUUAUCCGGAGGAUGAUGAGACCGAGGGCAGCUUGGCCUUCAUUGGGACGUGGUCGGUGUAUCCGUACUUCAAGUCGGGGUACAUUCUCUUGAACUCGAUCGAGAGAGGUAUCUUUUCGUUGAAGUACACAGGGAGGAAAGCCAGAUGGUAUUCUGGGAAGGAUUAG